CGUUGUGGAUAGUGCAGGAUAGGCCCCGCCUAGCAGGAGGCGUCACUCCACUCCCAGCCACGUGCUCCUGGACAUCCUCGGGGGCCAGGCUUCCUCUCGGGGUGCCGCCCACAACCAGCAUGCUUCCCCGCGGCACUGAUCUGACCUCAGCACGCCCCGUGUGUCCCAGGCAGCGUGUGGAGGGCGAGGCGGGGCGGUGGUGAGCGGCGGCCAGUGGCGAGCUGGGCGGGGCGGUGGGCGGCGUUGGUAGGCCCAGCAGCAGGAACGGGUGAUGGGUGCCACUGUCCCCGCCCUCACCCGCCCACACCCCGCCCACCGCACACCGCCCGCCCCACCCAGCACUAGGACAAGCGGGGCGAGAUGUACCCAUCUGGAGCCACCUUCCUCAAGGCCCGGGAGGCGGCCCAGGGGACGCAGAUCAUCACGGCUAAUGGACAGACGUACUCGGUGAUGCCCCAGGCACAGAUGCAGACUGUAACUAUUGAUGGGCAGGAAGCUAUUUACAUCCCGGCCUCGGUUCAACAUGCCCCAACUGCAGCGGCGGCCACUCAGCAGAUACAGAUCGCCGGCAACCAAGCAAUCUUCGCCCCCGCCGGCCAGAUCAUCCGUGCACAGAACAUUUUACAGAAUGUGCAGAGCGUGGGCCAGCCCAUCACCGUGGGGAGCGUCGGGAGCGUGCGGCCUACAGGCACGGCCACUGCAGCAGGUGGACAGGCGGCCCCUGCCCAGGCCACACAGGUGGGCCAGAUGGCAACACAGGUGAUGCAGUCAGGUGUGCCGCAAGCCACUAUCCCUGUUCAAAUCCCAAUCUCCACAGCAGGCGGACAAACGGUGCUGCAGACCAUCCCCUUUCCAGUGCAGAUCCCUGUCAUCCCCAAUGUCAUGCAGGCCAAUGGACAGACACUGCAGGUCAUGCCCCAGCUGGCACAGCAGGUGCAGGCGCAGCCUCAAUUUGCCCAGAUCCUGCUGCCCAACGGCCAGGUGCAGCAGGUACAGAUGGUGUGGGGCAGUGCGUCCAACAUGAUGUCCCUCGGGUCUGCCAGUCUGGGCUCUGCUGCCACCAUGACCCAGCUUGCCUCCUCACAGCCCAUCACCACCUCCACCUGGACCACCUCCACCAUCUCCACACCCUCAGUGGCCAUCCCAGGCAGCCACACCAACACUGUCAGCAAUGCCUCCUCUGAUAACAAGCAGCAGGUGGCUCAGCAGGUGACAUCUGGUAACAAUGGGAAUAUCACAGCCAGCAGUCCCUCUCAGGUGGUUGGUCCUGGCACCAGCAUUACUGUGGCCAACAACUCUCAGCUGCUGCCACAGGGCAUCACUGUCUCCCCUCAGAAUAUGAACAGUAAUGGAGGGAGUGUCUGGAUAGAGAAAGUCGGAAGCUCUUCUGCCGUGGCCACCCCCUCGUGGGAGCUCCUAGGAGCAGGCGUCGAUGAAAUGAUGAUGAUGAACAGUAAACAACCUCUGUGUUUCCAGUUACCAGGGUCAGUUGGUGGUGGUGUGACUGUGGUGCCAGUGAGUCAGACAUCACAGCUACGUGCAGGUGCCCCUGCCACUGCUGUGGCAGCGCAACAAAACACAAUUCAGAUCCCCCAGAUACAGGUGGUUCAGCCUGUGUUCCAGCACAUUCCUGGUCUUGGCCAAGUGCAGGUGAUCUCACCAUCCUCCCUUCAGACCCUGACAUCCUCCAUAGCAGGUGCAUCUCAACCAAUAUCUGUCUCCACCUUGAAUGCUGUACCCACCUCCUCCGCCCAGCCAGUCACCAGUGCUAUCCCUACGCAGAUCCUGCCUGGAGGAGCCCAGAUCAUUAGUAAGCAACUGACUGAUGGUGCCAGUGGGCUGCAAGGAGACGCUGAAGGCACCAAAUGGGUGGUGUCAACGGGAGGCCAGGUGAACCAGGCUCAGGUAGUGCCACAGCCAGAUGACUCUCCGACCACAGAAACGGGUAAGACACGACUACGACGAGUGGCCUGCACCUGCCCCAACUGUAAGGACGGAGACCGUGGGGGUGAUAACAAGAAGAAGGUGCAUGUGUGUCACAUUCCCGGCUGCAACAAAAUGUAUGGCAAGACCUCACACCUGCGGGCACAUCUCAGGUGGCACUCUGGAGAACGACCCUUCAUCUGCUCAUGGCUGUUUUGUAACAAGAGAUUCACCCGCUCUGAUGAACUCCAGCGGCACAAGAGGACACACACGGGGGAGAAGAGGUUUCACUGCCCUGAGUGCCAGAAGAGGUUCAUGCGAUCAGAUCAUCUCUCAAAGCAUGUCAAGACACACACCAAGACUAAAGGGAUGGUGAGUAACUGGAGUGUUCUCUCAAACAGCCUGCCAAACCCUUCUCAGUCGUCGGAAAGCAGCAACUCAUCAGAUGCUGGUGAAAAGAUGCUCAUCACCAUCCCUGACCAGUCUGGGGACCCACUACAUAUUUCUACUGAAGGGGAGGUACCAGCCAGCGAUACCAUUAACCCCAGUGAUCCCCUUAGGACCUAGGCAUUAAUGUGUUAGAGACAUUGGAUUGUUAUGUGAGUACUAGAACAACAGGGUAUAUUAUCCUGUCUACAUCCUUCAGAGAAAGUGUAUUUGCAUCAUUUUUAAGAUGUUUUAUCAUAAAUGUGGUGCUCAACUCAUUAACUUUUUGGCCUAGUUUUUUAUCUGGUAUUUUAGAUACUACUGCACUUAGUGUUGUGAUGUGUUGUGCAGUGGAAUCUCUUAAUCAUAAUUAUAAUUAUUAUUAUAUAACACUAGGGGAUUUGAAGAGGAAGAUGUGCUGGGUGAGCCUCAAAACACCACAAGUCUUGCUCAACAUAGCUUUUCCAUCCUCCCAAAGAUAUGACGUAUCUGCUCACUACAUAAAAGUUAGUUUUUCCCCUUUUUCAAGAGCCUGAGAAUUUUCAAUUACAAAGUUACUUUUAGUACUUGGUUUUAAUGAUAGCUCCACAUAGAGUGGUGAAUAUGUCAGGGUUUGUUUGUCUCUUUAUCAGUAAAGAGAGGCUAAGUUAAGUUCUUGCAUUGCACAGAAAGGUUUGCAGUACAGUGUUUCAUCUGACUACAGUUUUAUUCCUUUGAGACAAAUGACUUUGCAUACUUUUGUUCAGUCAUUCAUUCAUUUUAGUAUCUACUUUCAACUCUAUUGUAUCUUGUAUUUGUACUUAUGAUAUUCAUGCAAGUCAUGUACUUGUAAUGGUUGCACAAAGUCAGUCUUAAUAAUUGGAUCACUGCCACAUCUUCCUUGAAUUCUACUUGUACGUUUCAAACCUGAGUGCAUUAUGCACAAAGAAAGCAUUCCAAAAAUAGUUUUACAUUGAGAAUGUACUAAGUAUGUGCUCUUAUUUUUUUUUUUUACUUUUUAAUUUAGGUUGAAGCUUUCCCAGCUAUUAAUUGUAUAUUUCAAUGUAUUAUUGAAAAUUGAUUUAUUUUAUACUGACAUUAAGCAAAUCUAUGGAUUGUGUUGCCGUGGUGUGCCAACCAUCACAACACAUAUGGUGUGCUGUGCUGCCUCCUAACAGCCACUUGGUGUACCCUCCCUCAGUCACAGACAGUCUGGGAGGUCACUAAAAUUUGCUUUACUUUUAGCACUUUUUAUUUGGUUUAUUUGGUGAUGGUUGAGCUCCCACAGCUGGUACCACAGGGAGGUCAAGAAGUAGGAAUGAGUAUGUGUCUUCCUAGUCAAGUGACUGCAUCUCUUUCUGUGUUAUCUCUGUAUAGAUAUAUAGAAUAUAUAUUAUUUAUUUACUAUAUAGCAAAUGUCUUUUUACAUUUUUAUAUUAUAUAUAUACGGUUGAAUGUGAAGCACAUUGUUCUCACGUCUUCUCAAUCCACCAAGUUGGUCGGUACCUGAACUAGUAGGUUAUCUGUUUUGGCUUUAAGAAGUUCAGGUGGUUUGUCAUGAAAAGAAUAAGUGUAUGGCAGCUCAUUCAUAGUGGUAGGAACUUAUUUUCUAAGAAACAUAGUAAAUAGGUGCCUUGCCAUAUUUUGUAAAAAAUAAACAAAAAUAUUACUAGUGAUAAAUAUGCACAAAGUU